CGCAUCUGUUUUGUUUAAUUAUUUGUAUCAUGUUAGUGGUUCGUAGUAUCACUGAAAUAUAUCAGACCCACCGAGCUCCACGGCUGGAAUCGAAGCCAGAAAAAACGAUCUGCUCUGGCAUAAGAAAGGCAAGGUGUCUUCAGUGAAUUUUUUUUUUUUAUUUACAAAAACCCAACCACCUUUGAUUAAAAACCGACAAUACCGCUUCAAUCAAUUGUUAAAUCAAAUCAUUUAUACUUAGUUUCCUAGACACAACUAUUCCAGACACGGCCAGUCUAUGUUAUCGAAAGCAAACACGAGAUUACGCCACAUACAGCAUAUUUCCACCAUUUAUCAAAGAUUGACGGCAAAUCAACAAUCAGGUGCCGCGCAUGCGUCCCGACAUCAAUUACGCUGCUAUUAAUUUGUGCUGUCGACAAAUCGCAACGAGAAAUGCAGCAGGCCAUAGUUUGCAACUCACUGUUACGCAACUGCUGAUCCAAGUCUCGAAGAGUGGCACCAAAAUAUACGAGUAGUGUGGUCGCAACGCACGUGUCAAAACAAAAACUCGCCAUAUUGUUUCCUUGGUCGAUCAGAGCUUUCAACAUCACGCCGCAGUGCUAAACAACAGACCAGGGCGCGAUGUGCAAGGGGCCACUGCAACAAGCUUUGCUUUUGUUUUUGUGUGGAUCAUGUUUUCUUAUUUUGGGAACCUUUGCAGUGAAGUCAAAAUACGUGUGUCAAGGUCAGAGGUUACGCUUGCGUUGUGAAGGCGACUACAUAAUCCGCAUACUUGGGGCCAAGUAUGGACGCUUGGAGCCUGGAAGCUCCAUCUGCCCACAUGAGAACAUCACCGAUAUGAAUUGUCGAGCGCCUGAUGUACUUCUCAAAAUGACUGUGAGAUGUGGCAACAAACGCAAGUGUACCGUUAAAGCAGAUCACACAAUGUUCGGAGAUCCUUGUCCUGGGACUUUCAAAUAUCUGGACGUCAUCUACAGAUGCAUUCCUGGCGAUACAUGGACCCCAACGCCAACGUCAAAACAGCCAGAAUCAAACCACCAUAGUAAUCGGACAAAUACAGAGACACCGAAGUCACCAACACCGAAAACAACACACCCUGCGAGUACCAACGCCACAACAGAAACACAAGCACCAACUUCAAAAAGCUCAACAAAAACUGUCAACGAGACAAUAGGAUCAAACAAAACUAGAAUAUACCUCACUACGAUAAAGCCUACCACUUCCAGCUCGAGAGGAAGGCUGUCUACUGGGACCACGGAACAAUCACCUCCAAAGGCGCCAGAGUCGGAGGCCUCAGAGAGCCGAGGUGAGGGGUGGGCCUUUAUAGCCCUGCUGAGAUCUCUGUACUUCACAUACCUGUUAAUCAAAGAGAACCCACGUCACACUCUCGUCGUGUUCCUCUCAGGGGUAGCUGGUGCCACUGUUUUCUUGCUAUUGUUCUUGUUAGCCAUUCGUCUUUGCAAGAAACAGCGAAAGAAGAAGAAAUUCUCCAUGAAGAACAGAAAGAGAGACGAGGAAGACGAAGGAAACAAAAUUAAAAGUGUUACGAUAGAAUUACAGGGCAGCGACGACGAAACAAAAGAAAUCAACGUUAAUCCGGGAGAUAUCAUUAUUAUAGACCACAAUGACGUUGAUCGAGCAGGCAGCGAGGACCUUGGAUAUCUGUCGGAAAUUGUCCGGUUUUAUAAUAGUCAAAACAUUGGAAGUGACGAUCAGAUAUCGAUUAGAAAGCAAUUUUCCAUUUGCGACAGUCCGUCAGUGAUAUCCACGGAGGCGAGUGAAAGUAGAGACAGUAAGCAUGACUCAGUUGGAAUGAAACAAUGUUCGUGUCAGCAUGGUUCGUUGCUACGUCCUUCCUCUCCACUAGGUGUUAUUUGAGAAUUUUAAACCCAGUACAGUUUUAGUCUACAACAAUACUUCGUCGGUUUUUUUUAUUGAGGACAGAAAAUUGAUGAUUUAGCUUCUCCGUGAGGUAACCUAAAACUGCAAUCUACGAAUAACUGGAAAAAACAGCGUGGCACGAGAAAUAAGCAGAGAAACACUGGAAAAUCUCCCAAGCACCCUUAUUCUAAUUGCCAUUUAGAAAAUGACCAUCUCAGUUUUGUGUAGGUGAUUUUCUUCUGUUUUUACUUCAAGGGAUUUGUUACCUUGUAGCUGCAUUUGAGCAAAUCUUCUCUUUCUGGAAAUUUAUUAAUCACUUCUAUGAUUUCCUAUUUUUUUCCCAAAAAGCAUAAACUAACUUUUUCUAAGUUUAAAUGCAUUUUACAAGUUUAUGUUCUAUAUUCUCAGGCAGGCCUGGAGUAGACAAAGAAAAACUUGAUCUUGACUUAUUAUGACAUAACUUAUUUUGAUAUACAAAAUUUGGUAUUGUUCCUUAAAGAAACUGGUUUUAAUUUAAAAAUUAUAACUAUAUGCUGUUAACUAGCUUACUCCCUUUUUUAUCAGGAAGGCCUCAACCAAACAAAUUUUUUUACCCCUUACAUUACCCUUAUGUCUCAACAAACUCGGAAGGCCCCAUGAAAAUAUUUUCUUAAAAAAGGAACCAAAAGUCAGAUGUCAGUAACGCAAUUUAAGAGUCUGUAAGUGAUAAUGUGCAUGUUAAGAAAAGAUUCAAAAGUUUGAUAAGCCUGAAAAACAAUGCCAAGAUGGGUGGGUACGGAUUUCAGUAUAGUUAGUCAAAGCCGUGUAUUGUUGUAGUCAUCUGUUCAUCAAAGCUAUGCAUGUGGACCUGUUGAUAAGCAGAAAACUUGUCCCUGGUCAAAGAAUCGUCCCCCAUACAAAGUCAGCUCGCGCCAGAGAACUUUUAAUACAAUUCUUUAUAAAGAGUAAGGAGCUAUUUCUACGACAAAUCACAAGCUUGACUCGGGGGCUAGGAUGACCCUGGGUGGAGGGUCACUCGCUUACAAGAAAAAGUGACUUUGGAGGGUCAGCUUGUCUUUUCUAUGGACUUAUAAGCAGGUCUUUGGUAUCGUAAAGUUGAGGUGCUCAUUUCUAAGAAGCAUGAAACACCUUUAAAUGCGUCGAGUGGUACGUAUGACGUCAGGAAGAAAAAAAAUGGUAAUGAGCAAAUCGACAAAUUUUCCCUUUCUAUUCACGUGGAUUGAACCUGUCUGGUAGCGAGGAUGGAAACGGAUAGUAAUACAGAUAAGAAUCUAGGAUCUUUUUAGGUUACGUUAAGAAAGGUUCUUAUGUUUGCAAAGUCUAUUCAGAAUUUAGACUAAUUAGGUCUUUAAAUAAGCUCCUAUUUUUAAGUGGAAAGGUGAGAUGCUUACUGCACGUUUAAAUUGUAUAAUUAAGUACAAAAAGUAAGACUACAUUCCAAGGAAAUACACACACCAAGAUAUAUUUCUAAUCUUUUUGUGCUCAAUACACUGCCACAUGUUUUCCAAAUACGAUUCUAAGCAAGGACCUGUUCCAAACGGCAGGCUCAACAGGUUCUUAUAAAAUGAGAAUUAAAAUCCUAAAACUUUAGCUUUCAGGUUCUUAAUCACAAGGUCCACAUGGGCGGGAGUCCACUGCAUGUACCAGCCGGGAAAAGCGAAUAUCACGUUUUCAAGUUGCCUCCAUCCGCCGAUAUUACACAAAAUGUCUUGCUACUUGAAAUGCUCUUUCUGCAACUUGGAUUGACUCUUGCAUAGAUUUAACUUGGAUUUCUUUCUGUAAACACUGUAUUGACAGUCAAAAAAUGUAAAUAUUUUUAUUUUUUUAUUGACACAUAUUUUAUGCAAAUAAAAUGUAAUUACAUUAUUAA